AAAAAAGGGUACAUCAUCUAUUCAUCUCAUCAUAAACCCCUGUUACAAAACAAACGAGGCCGUGAUGAGGCCCAAGUUUGUAUAACAUGAACUUUGGUCCCUGUCCACAUUUCCAAUUUCCAUUAUUCAGUUGAAGGUUUGGAUCACAAACUCAAUCACACUAGUCACUAAACUUCAUUUUUAUAUAAUUCCUCCAUUGAAAUCGUCGCAACUUCUCCGUUUUCCUUGGAUUGAAUCGUUACACCUGCAAAUUCAAGGUUUUUUUUUUUUCACUAAUUCGAUUUAGGUUUUUGCCGAUUCAUCGAUCGCAUAUUCUCCAGCCAAAGAAAAGGGAACAUCAAAUAACUUAUAGGAGAAAAAGUGUGGAAAGAAAUGAGUGAGAGUAAGAGUGAAGAUGGGAAGCUAUAUCCAUCUGUAAGCGCUGAAUUGGAUUCGGACCGACCCAACAUUGAAGAUUAUCUUUCUGAAUCCCUCCCUGAGCCUCAUGGCAAGCUUCGUUUGAGGGACUUGAUUGAUCUUUCUCCUGCUCUUACCGAGGCUGCUGGCGCCAUUGUUGAUGACUCUUUUACGCGUUGCUUCAAGUCAAAUCCUCCAGAGCCCUGGAACUGGAAUAUCUAUCUAUUUCCGCUGUGGUGUUGUGGAGUUGUUAUGAGAUACUUGAUUAUUUUCCCAAUAAGGGUUCUAGUUUUGACACUCGGAUGGAUAAUAUUCCUUUCUCUCUACAUGCCUGUUCAUUUCUUAUUGAAAGGGCAAAAUAAGCUGAGGAAGAAAUUAGAGAGAUCUCUUGUGGAGCUUAUUUGCAGUUUCUUUGUUGCAUCAUGGACUGGGGUUAUUAAGUAUCAUGGGCCACGACCGAGUGUGAGAUCUAAGCAGAUUUUCGUGGCCAAUCACACAUCCAUGAUUGAUUUCAUUGUUUUAGAACAAAUGACUGCAUUUGCUGUCAUUAUGCAAAAGCAUCCUGGCUGGGUUGGAUUGCUGCAGAGUACUAUUUUAGAAAGUCUUGGAUGUAUUUGGUUCAAUCGUGCAGAAGUAAACGACCGUGCUGUUGUACAAAGAAAGUUGAGGGACCAUGUGCAUGGGGCUGACAAUAACCCACUUCUGAUAUUUCCUGAAGGAACUUGUGUUAAUAACGAGUAUACAGUUAUGUUCAAGAAGGGUGCAUUUGAGCUUGACUGCCCUGUUUGUCCUGUAGCUAUCAAGUACAACAAGAUUUUUGUUGAUGCCUUCUGGAACAGUAAGAAGCAAUCAUUUACAACACAUCUGCUUCAGCUAAUGACAUCUUGGGCCGUUGUUUGUGAUGUUUGGUAUCUAGAGCCCCAAACAAUAAAAUCGGGAGAGACUCCCAUUGAAUUUGCUGAGAGGGUUAGAGACAUGAUCUCUCAUAGAGCAGGCUUGAAAAAGGUUCCUUGGGAUGGUUACCUGAAGUAUCUACGCCCCAGCCCUAGGUUCACAGAGAGCAAGCAAAAAAGCUUUGCUGAAUCAAUAUUGCGACGAUUUCAUGAGAAUUGAAAAGCUCUUAUUCAAGCUCUAGCUCUGCCUUUCGGUCCUAUCUAUCGUUAAUUCUGACAGGUCUGAUCUAUGAUUAACUCUAAAGUUCUAAAUCUCCGGUAAAUGCUGUGUACUAAGAUCAAAAGCUUGUCUUUUGGAUAAGUAACUAAUUGAUACGAAGUAUUAAAAGUGUACCUAUGCUUUAUUUAAAGUGUGAACAACCUGAGCAUUUGACUUUCGGAAACCAGAAUGAAGGAGAAUGUGUUCAAGUGGCAUACGCUAUGCCGAAAACUCUGGGUUUGACUUCUAUUUGGUCAACGCCAGGACGCCAUUAUUGUCCAAAUUAUGAAAUUUCUAAUUCCUAAAUUUUCUCUGUUCUAUCAUACGACCCUUGUUGUUGGGGUGUCACAUCAUUAUCAUAAUCUUCAUUUAAUUAUAGUUUAAUACAGAAAAUAUUAUAUAAAUGCAUAAUUAUCAAUAGUAUAAUUGUAAAUAAUAUUA